UUUUAGUUUCAUUAGUAUGUUACAGCAACAGGUUUUAGUUAUGGAAAUCUUUUAAUCAAAUAUUUAACUUUUCUGCUUGCCAACAUUUUAUCCAAACUCAAGGGCCAGGCAUGGCCACCCUUAGAAUUCCAUGUUACGACCAAACAGUAAUAAAUACAUGGCACAAUACUACUUGUUAAUAGAGUGGCAAUAUGAUUUUGGAAGAUGAGAAGGUAGAUUUUGUUGUUUAAUAGUUCUUAUCAUGGCUCUGUAUGGUCCCUGCUAGAAAUCAGCUGAUAACCAUUAAAUAUUGGUUAGUGGCACUCGUUUUUGAUUGUAAGUUCUAACAGGAUGGGCAUAUUUAGCUUCUGUAUCUGUCAAGUUUUUUUUUUUGUAACCCCAAAGAGCACAUUAGCACUGGUGUUGCCACAUUUCUUGAAGAAAAAUUCUGGGUGCAUCAAUAAGGGUGUGGACAGCACCAGGGGUUGGGUUGUAAUAUAAAAGGGGUGGCAUGCUGACACAUGCUGGACCUGGGAUCUCUUUGUUAUUCGGUAAAGAUAUAGAAGUAGAGGAGAAGGAGAGAAGAGGCCAAGUUAGAUGCAAGGAUCGGGAGCAGCCUAUGGGCAAAGCAACAGUUAAUCACAACUUUACUAGCGAAUAUAUUUCUGCUCCUGAUGUGACUGAAUUACCACAGAACCAAAUCAAGCUCACAGAAUCCAUUUCACUUUAUAAAGAGUCUGAAGAAACACUACACACACAAGAGCAGCCAGUCGUUGCACAGCCUGUAAUUAGUAUUAGCGAACGGGUGCAGGUUAAUCGCAAAGAGAAAAAGGAUCUUGGAACGCUAGGUUACAUUCUGGGGAUCCUCAUGGUAGUUAUAAUCAUUGCAAUCGGCAGUGGAAUUAUUGUUGGAUACAUAUAUAAAAGAGGCAGGGAUCUAAAGCAACAGCAUGAUCAACAGGUGGAAGAGCGACGGCUUCAGCGCAUAAAUCUACCACUCUCAGCAUUUUUAAAUCCCUCAUGUGAUAUUGUUGAUGAGAAUAGUAUAGAGGUGCCGUCCAAUCAUACCCCAAACACAGCACAGGAUGGUGUGGCUCCUCUAAUGGGCUGUGCAGGGACCCCUGGGGCAUGAAUUAGUCACAUUCGGACAGAUGACUUUUGACCUACGAGGAUCUUGACAUAAGAUGGUACCAUUGCACAUAGCAGUUCUAUGACAUUGCUGUGCUGGAGCACAGUGUCAGGGAAGUGUCAUCUUUUCCCAGAUUUUUUUUGUGUGUACACUUUUGUGCCUGGUUUUUGUUAUCAACAUAUAUGCCAUCAAGCUUUCUGUCAAUGGCUAGAGACUGCUUAUGCCAACCCUACUUUAUUGCUCUUAGAUGGGAGCUUAAGGUCUCUGUGUAGAGGAUUAUGGGGAGAAGUUUUAUUGGCAAGAUUUAUGUCUGAAUUAAUGGACUCUGGGAACAGGAAAUGCCUAGAGAGGUGCUCUCCUGCUGUAACCAUGUUGGUACAUAGCACAAUGUUGUUGGAAAAACAAAUUGCCAUGAACUAAUACAACCGCAUGUGUUCAGCAUCUAGUAGGUGAAAUGCCUUGAAGCAUGCCAAAUCUAUUAUGGGUCCAGCCUCUGAUGAUAAAUCCUGGGUGUAAGCUUGGAAGAACCUUCCCACACUCAGACAUUUUUUGUGCUGCUGAAGUUAAAACUGGACAGAAUCAAAUGUACAAACUUUAUGAAAAAUUGUUUAUUUUUUUUUUUUUUACAUGAGCGUUCUGUUUCUAUAAAUAAAACAUCUUUGACAUUG